AUGAUGAACCAUUCAAUGCAGACAGGGUUCAUUCUUUUGGGUCUUACAGAUGACCCUGAGUUGCAGGUUGUAAUUUUCCUCUUUCUAUUUUUAACUUACAUGUUGAGUGUGUCAGGAAACUUAACCAUCAUCAUUCUUACUCUGCUAGAUUCCCACCUUAAGACACCAAUGUACUUCUUCCUACGAAAUUUCUCCUUUCUAGAAAUCUCAUUCACAACCGUUUGUAUUCCAAGGUUCCUGGUGAGCCUUGUGACAAAGGACAGAACUAUUUCCUAUAGGAGUUGUAUGAGUCAGUUAUUUUUUUUUAUCUUUUUGGGAGUAACUGAAUUUUACCUUCUGGCUGUUAUGUCCUAUGACCGUUGUGUGGCUAUAUGUAAACCUCUGCAUUACCCCACCAUCAUGAGCAACAGAGUUUGCUACCAACUUGUACUCUGUUCUUGGGUAACUGGAUUUCUGAUUAUCUUUCCUCCAAUGAUCUUGGGACUCAAAUUGGAAUUCUGUGCUUCCAAUGUCAUUGACCAUUUUAUUUGUGAUUCUUCUCCCAUCCUGCAGAUCUCUUGUACAGACACACAUUUCCUAGAGCUAAUGUCCUUUUUGUUGGCAGUGGUGACACUAAUGGUCACACUGAUGUUAGUGAUUCUCUCCUAUGGCUACAUUGUCAAGACGAUUCUCAAAUUCCCUUCUGCUCAGCAAAGGACCAAAGCCUUUUCUACCUGUUCUUCCCACAUGAUUGUAGUUUCCAUCUCUUAUGGUAGCUGCAUCUUCAUGUAUAUAAAACCAUCCGCAAAUGAUAGAGUGACUUUAAGCAAAGGAGUACUCAAUACCUCAGUUGCUCCGUUAUUGAAUCCUUUCAUUUAUACCUUAAGGAACCAGCAAGUGAAACAGGCCUUUAAGGACAUGGUCCAGAAACAUCCAUUUGCUUCAAACAAAUGA